AGCUAUGUUCUGGAACAUGGUGUAUCUCCUGUUUCCUCAUCUUUGACCUGUUCACUAUGAGUGCAACAUGUUCCUCAAAGAGUCACAGUUUCUAUUAGAAAAUGAAAGAGGAAAAGAGAAAUAAGAUGGCCAAUAACUCAUGUACCAGGUAGCAUUCUAUGCCAACCUUGAAUGCUAAAAGGAAGACACUGGGCAGCAGACACUUCCAAGAUCAUAACUCGCUGUUGGAAUAACUUGGAAAAGAAGAAGUAGAACAAUUGAAACCAUGGCAAAAGGAAAUAGAGCUGGGUCCACCUCCCCUCCGGAUGGAGGCUGGGGCUGGAUGAUUGUGGCUGGCUGUUUUCUUGUUACCAUCUGCACCCGGGCAGUCACCAGAUGUAUCUCAAUCUUUUUUGUGGAGUUCCAGACAUAUUUUGGUCAGGAUUAUGCACAAACAGCAUGGAUCCAUUCCAUUGUAGAUUGUGUGACCAUGCUCUGUGCUCCACUUGGGAGUGUUGUCAGUAACCGUUUAUCCUGUCAAGUGGGAAUCAUGCUGGGUGGCUUGCUUGCAUCUACUGGUUUCAUCCUGGGCUCAUUUGCCACCAGCCUGAAGCAUCUCUACCUCACACUGGGAGUUCUUACAGGUCUCGGAUUUGCACUUUGUUACUCUCCAGCCAUUGCCAUGGUUGGCAAAUAUUUCAGCAGACGAAAAGCCCUUGCUUAUGGGAUCGCCAUGUCAGGGAGUGGCAUUGGCACCUUUGUCCUGGCUCCUGUGGUUCAGCUCCUUAUUGAAGAGUUUUCCUGGCGGGGUGCAUUGCUCAUUCUUGGGGGCUUCGUUUUGAAUCUCUGUGUUUGUGGUGCCUUGAUGCGGCCUAUUACUCUUAAAGAAGAACAUUCACGUCCAGAGCAAAACCAUGUCUGUCGAACUCUGAAAGAAGAUUGUAAGCGGGCAUCUCCCUAUUCAUCUUUGACCAAAGAAUGGGCAAAGACCUGCCUGUGUUGCUCUUUGCAGCAGGAAUACAUUUUUUUAUUGAUGUCAGACUUCGUUGUAUUCGCCGUCUCUGUUCUAUUUAUGGCUUACGGCUGUAGCCCUCUCUUUGUGUACUUGGUGCCUUAUGCUUUAAGUGUUGGAGUGAGUCACCAGCAAGCUGCUUUUCUUAUGUCCACACUUGGGGUGAUUGACAUUAUUGGCAAUAUCACAUUUGGAUGGCUAACUGACAGAAGGUGUCUGAAGAGUUACCGGUAUAUUUGCUACCUCUUUGCAGUGGGACUAGAUGGCCUGUGUUAUCUUUGCCUCCCAAUGCUUCAAAGCCUCCCCCUGCUUGUGCCUUUCUCUUGUACCUUUGGCUACUUUGAUGGAGCCUAUGUGACCCUGAUUCCAGUAGUGACUGCGGAAAUAGUGGGGACCACGUCUUUGUCAUCAGCACUCGGUGUGGUAUACUUCCUUCAUGCAGUGCCCUACCUGGUGAGCCCACCCAUUGCAGGGUGGCUGGUAGAUACAACGGGCAGCUACACUGCAGCGUUCCUUCUCUGUGGAUUUUCCAUGAUAUUUAGUUCGGUGUUGCUUGGCUUUGCCAGACUUGUAAAGAGGAUGAAAAAAACCCAGCUGCAGUCGCUUGCCAAAGAACCUGAUCCCAAGCUGCAGCUGUGGACCAAUGGAUCAGUGGCUUAUUCAGUAACAAGAGAACUAGAUCAGAAAGAUGAGGGAUUUGUGGCUACAGUGGGGCCUGGUUACAGCCUCACAUGAUCAAUGGCUUGAACUUGGGAAUUUUUAGAGCUGAGGGAGGUGGGGCCGCCAGAUUCUUCAUAUUUCUGAAGCAUUUUAUUUUGGCAGAAGUACUGCCUUUCAAGGAAAUUAUUAUUGUCUUGUUAAUAUAUUUAUCUGGGAAAAUAGAAAAUAAUAAAGAGUGCUGGACUAGCUUAGAGUUUCCUAUUUGGGAUAAUCAAAUUUAGAUCUUUUGGGCAACAGAGCAUUGCUGCAUGGAGAAUAAAAGGACACAGCGGAUUUAAUUAACUGUAAUUCAGAGUAAUUCCAAGAUAUAGCCGAAGUACAUGCUACUGGGCAGCAGCUUUGUCACCCCAUUCUCCUUCCUCAACCAGAAGAACCAGACACACUGAUGUGUAGGGUUGCUUUCUUCAUCCUGUUUGCUGAAGGGUUAGCUUGGGUGUGAUGGUGGAAGGUGAAGACUUCAGUCUUUUUUCAUGGCAGAGUUUCUCAUUAGAGUGGUUAAGGAAUACUUGAGAUUCUUCAAAAGGCAAUGGUUUAUAAUAUAAAGAUUUCCCCACCUUUGUCAUUUUCUAGCCAACCCUUGCAUGUGCCUAUGGCUAGAUGUCAAUUGGAGAACCCAGUGAAUCAUGAAAUGGCAUGGCUAGAUUGGAUCUUAAUGGGUGGCUGGUGAGAUAUUCUAUUUGAAAUAGUCCACUUGAAACAGAAAGCUCUUUUCCUUGGAUGUUUCGCAGCACUCACCUCUGUUAUUAUUACAUACUUACUCUAAAUUUAGCAGAGCACAUCCAAUUUCAAGGACAACGGCUCCAUCUUUACCAAAAUGCUGAUAAAAUCAAAACUUCCCAUGUUGUUUUCCUCAGGAAAAAAAAAAAAAAGCUCUUAUUUAAAGUGCAGACACAGUCCUAUUAGGAAGUAAAAAAUGUUGACACCAUUCCAGUUGGACGAGAAUUAAAUUCUUGAAUCAGCAGGUCUCUGGUGAGAGAUAGCUUUGUAGAUCAGACGUUAGGUUCAUCAUUGCCCUAAAAAAAAAAAAAACUUGAGGGUUUUACUUGAAAGAUCUUCGCUUGGAGAUAUUCUAAAAAUGAGAUUCUUUCCUCGUAGUAUCCAUGUUUGUUCCAACACACAGUUUUCUUCAUCUCUUUACGGAUAAUAAUUGGAAACAUAACUUUGGUGUAAGGUAGCUUUUCAUUCCCUAGGACCCCACUUCUCUGCAGUUUGGGAUCAUUUCUGAGUUUUCAAUUUAAAAAGGGAGAGCAUGGAUAGAGAAGAGAAAUUCGAGGCCUGCCAGGUUGCUUAAAACUGCUCGAAUCAAAACACAAAUCAUCUCACACCUGCAAACAGGGGCAAGUGAUAGACUUAAAAGAAGGACUAUUAAUUAUUCAAGAGUUUCAAAUCCAAACUUCUAGGAGAUAUUUUGAGCUUAUAGGACAUUUAACCUACUGAACCCCAAGAGACUUCCCAAGUGCCAUGCCAGGGAUGCUGGGAGGAUGCAGAACAAUGAGGAAGAUCUUAGGGUGGCUAAAGAACCCUUGCUUAUAGCCAGAUUAUCUCACAACAAUCAGAUGUUAAUCCAUUGCUUUCUGAAUGAAAUAAGACUUGGUCUGAUGGUACAAUAUGAUAAUAUUUCCAGGUUGUUUUCCAAAGAGAAAUUUUAAUGUUAUAUAUUAUUUCUUUAGUUUGAAGAUUAGUUUUGAUUCUAUUUGCUUUCUCAUUGCAACCAAAAAAAAAAAAAAAAAGGAAAAUAUAUGUAAAAAAUCAAAGUUAAAAUGAAGUUAUACAGGUUUGGAAUAGCACUUUAUCUCAAGCGUCAUUUCUUGAAUCUUCAAAUAUAGAGAUUUUUUGAAGCAUAUUCUUAUAAAUAUUUUUUCAUAGUGAUCACAGUAAAGUUCUGUAGUAUAAUUUCUCUAAAGUAUUGUAAGUAUUUAUGAAAAUGAGCAAAGCGAUGAAAGGUUUUAAAGAUUUGUAUAAAAACAUUUGAGAUAUUUUAACUUUUACACACAUAAAUUUGCACUGUACUUUCUCUUUUGGAGCAGCAUUAAAAAAACUAGUAAGAAAAAAUGUAGAUCUUAGAGUCUACAAUUUUGCUAUAUACGCAGAAUUUUACGGUUAAUGUUUCAUGUGCAUAUGCUGUUUGUUUCAAAACUGAGGGAUUCGUGGAAAUUAUAUACUUUAUGGAAACAAGAAAAAACUGGAGUGGAAUCAAUCUACAUCUUAAAUAUUUCUUUAUACCACUGUAAGUUCUACUUUGGAAUUGACUGAGAAGAAAUGCAGAAUAAACUUUCGCCUGUACUAUUGAGUCCUUUGUUCUGAUUAUAGUUUCACUAAUCAGAUAUAUAUGCUAAAAUUUUCCUAUUUCAAAAU